UUCGGUCUGAAUAUUAUUUCUGAAAAAAAUAAAUAUUAAAUACCAAAAAAUAUUUCUGGCGGGAGUCCACAGUGUAGACGCGCCAAUAAUAUUCGGACCGGUUUCAGUCCGAAUAUUAUUUCUGAAAAAAAUAAAUAUUAAAUACCAAAAAAUAUUUCUGGCGGGAGUCCACAGUAUAGAUGCGCCAAUAAUAUUCGGACCGUUUUCGGUCCGAAUAUUAUUUCUGAAAAAAAUAAAUACUAAAUACCAAAAAAUAUGAAUAAAAUAUUAUUUAACUAAAUAUAUACGGACCGUUUUCGGUCUGUAUAUAUCCAUUAGAGAAUAUCUCUGAAUCGAUUGGACGCUGGGUCCCACUGACAGUUUUUUUCGGACCGGUAUCGGUCUGGAUAAAGCUGCAUGCAGCCUUCUUCCCUUCGGUUCGCCCGUCCCCCCCAUCCUUCGAUUUCUCCACAAUUUUCCUCUGUUUUUUCUGUCUUUUUUCUUCCUCUCCACUGCAAGCUUCUCCUCCAAUCUCUGGCCAACCACCACCAAGGUCUAUAAUGAAGUUAUAGAAAAUUAUAUUUUCUACUAUUAGUACUUUUAGGAAAUAGGAGGACAAUAAUAGAAUUACAUUAAAUCAAAUUUAGUUUUCCAAUCAAAGUGGAAAUUAAGAAAGAAGAAAGCAUUCCAUCAUUUUCCUUGUCUUGCCUUACUUCCUGGUCCAUGUUGAACUUGGAGUGUAGCAAGCACUUGUUGCCACCCUUCUCUGCCACACAUGCUGUCACGCCCCAUAACCCAAAUCCGAGGCGCGACAGACGCGGUGCACUCAUGAGACGGGUCCCACAAAUGCACAAGGCUCGGAACUUACUCAACAAAAUCAGUUUUGAUACCAUAAAAUUUCCAAUUAAAAUCUAACUUACAAGAGCGCAGUGUACAUGUAUCUAAAAUCUAUGUCAAAUCUCAAGUGGCUAGCCUUUUAUCACGUCACUCCCCUUGA